CAGAGAGAGUCAAAGGAAGAGAGAAAACACUAUGAAGCACGUUCAGAGCGUACAGAGAAUUCAGAACUUCGUGGAGCAAAGGUGCCUUUCGUGUGACUGAGUGAUUAUCUAGCCAUCCUGAGUUUUACUUCUUUUUUUUUCUUCCUUCAAACACCUUAAUGCGGCUACGCAAAAUUAUUCGAGCAGCCAUAACGGUUGCUUUCGGCAGAGUGGGCGUCACGAGACGCGCGGAAGCUGCGCCCCCGUGUCCCGGUAGUUACGCGUUUCUCACCGACAGCAGGCAGAUCGUUGAGGCGUUCAGCAAGGCCAAUCGGCUGCUUGGACGAGAUGAGAACGCUUUUCUCGAGGACCUGCUGGAGGUCAUCGAUGCGACCGAAGUCGACCUGUUCCAACGGGCCGUCACUUCGACAGGAACGCAAAGCGCGCUGGAAAGAAAGGUCAGGGAUCUCGUCUACGGGACUGCGUCUUGCUACCGAGAGGUUGGUACCCUGGCACACCUAUUCACCCGUAUUCGAAGGAAGGGUGUUUCGCCACUCGAGUACACCGAGUUCAACACGACCAACCAGAGGCGAUUGAUUGUCAUCGCUCAGAUGCAGCAGAUCGCGCAGGAGCUUCACGAUGACAUAGUGACCACCGCGCCGGAUGACCGCGCUGACGUGAAAGCGAUCCGCUCGGCGAAUAAGCUCAACACGCUGCUGAGCGAUGCAUUGUUAACUCUGGCUUUGAAGACUGUGACUGACACAGCUAACGUAAGGGUUCUGGAGCUGUUCUCACGAAGCCUGGAGCGCUUCUCGUCUUCGUACUUCGACGAUAAGGAGAAGGCAGAUGCUGCCGACAGUACACCGAUCAUGCAGCAGUGGUCCCGCUACCAAGUGCGCAACACGGAACCGCUGGCCAACGCGUUCGAGUGCUCGCUGCUCCUGGCAGGGGCCAACUCAGAGGAACUUUCUGCAGCAAGGCAGUGCGGCAACGACCUCGCCCUCGCUAUCCAG